CGCACACUGCCGGGCCAUGGGGACGCGGUCGCGGCGGCCUCAGCUGCUUUGGCUGCUGCUGCUUUGCGGCACCUGUGCCCGCGUAUGCGGCUGCAACGAGACCCGGAUGCUGGAGAGGCUGCCCCGGUGCGGGAAGACUUUCGCCGAGAGAAUGCGCGAGGUGGCCGUCUGGAAGUGGUGUGACCUGUCCCAGUUCAUCGUUUUCUACGAGAGCUUCACCAAUUGCACUGAGGAGGAGACUGUUGUCGUGGGCUGCUACUGGCCCAAUCCGCUGGCCCAAGGCUUCAUUACCGGUGUCCACCGGCAGUUCUUCUCCAACUGUACGGUGGACAGGACCCACUGGGAGGACCCGCCCGAUGAGGUGCUCAUCCCGCUGAUCGCUGUGCCUAUCCUGCUGACCGUGGCCAUGACCGGCUUGGUGGUGUGGCGUAGCAAGCGGACGGACCAGCUGCCGUGAGCUUGGUCCAGGCUGGGCCGGGCCUGCUGGGAGAAUGUCCCCGGACCCGAGAGCUGUGAACACCAUCAUUGCCUGUCCUGCUUGGUCCUGGCAGACCCCCCUCCGCCCAGGCCCGCGCAGUCCUGGUGGCUGGCUGGCUGGGACUCCAUGCUUGCUCUUACGUUGGAGCUUGUGUGCUGAGUGCCGCAUCUCAUGCUGUCUGCUGCUGAGCCCUGUGGGCCCCCGAGCUGGGCCCCGGUCCCCAACCAUGUCACAGCUGAGUCCUGGCCCCAGCCCAUGUCAGCUGCUGCUGUGACUCUGCCUGGUCACACCCGGGGGAGACAUUGAGUGAGGACAGUGGGUUGAGGGACAGGCUGGGGCCCCCAGGACCCUGAUGGGACCCCUCAUCUGCUCCCUCCCCACUUGGACUGGUGGGGGGAACCGGCCCCUCAUAGAGGCUCCUGUGGCCCUGUGCUGUCUGCUGCCACCUGUGCUUUCUCUGAGUAAAGUGUCUGUGUCCAUCC